ACUCAAGAUAUUACUCAAAUUAUUAAAACUUAUAUUGUUAAUAGUUUUUUUGAUAGUUAUAUUAUUAAUGUAAAUAAAGAUCUAAAUAAAGAACAGUAUGUUAGUACUAGGAUAAAAUGGAAUAAGUUAGUAGAAAUGAAAAAAGAUAUACAAAGUGCAGAAG